GCCCCCAAAAUUCCUGUGUGUCUGAGGAGAGGCGUAGUUACUUAAAGAAACGAGGAAAGUCGAGCUACCUGUUCACUAGACGCUAAACCAGUGCCAGAAGAUAAUUAUUUGCAACUCUGAAUUAUUAUAUUUUCGACUUUACGAGCGAAAGAGUGACCUUUAUUGGCUAAAUCAGCGUCCACUCAGGCUGUGUGGUGAAGUUUGUACUGACAGGAAGGCUCUCUCACACACACACACACACAAACACAGAUUUUCUUCCUAAUCAUCCUGAUAAACACUCGGCAUGGAGAUACUGGACAGCAGUGAGCCGUUUUUACAGUGGGACCGGAAUCUGAGCGAGCUGUCCGAGUCAGCAGAUAACGACAAUGUCCUGUACAGCACACACUUCACUGAUCUCCUGGAUGACUUGUCUCAGGAGGCCUUGCUUGGCCAGCUGCUGAGCGACCCCUUCCUGUCAGGGAGCAGCGAAAUGAUGGACGUGGAGGAGGAGCUGAGCCCGGCCUCUCCCCCGCCUCCUCACAUCCAAGCCGAGCACAGUUACUCGCUGAGCGGAGACUCACGGCCCCAGUCGCCCCUCUCACACCUGACCACUGAGAAAACCAGCAGCGAGCCUGGAGAGUCAGACAGCGAGGACUGGCCUGUGGGGCAGGAGGAGGAGAUGGAGGAGGAGGAGGAGGAGCAGUUAAACCUGAAGAUGGAGCCUCUGCUCUGUGAUUCUCCAGCUCUGCUGCCUACACUGACGCUCACCCUCACAGUUGAACCAGCGCCCACCGCCUCCCUCUCGCACACCACACAGCUCACCACGCAGAUAAAGGAGGACGAGAGCUACAACCCGCAGGUUAAACUGGAGCCACAUGAGGUGGAUCAGUUCCUGAACCUCUCCCCUAAAGAGCUUGAGGCUUUGCAGAUGCCCCCGACUCCUCCCAGCUCCCACGGCAGUGACACAGAGGGCAGUCAGAGCCCUGUGCACCCCUGCACUCCUGCCAGCCCCACACAGAACCCAGCUGUCCUCAAGGUGGCGCAGCGCACGACCGCCUCGCUGCCUAACACACUGUCCAACUCACCCCUGCUUACCGCCCCACAUAAGCUGCAGGGCUCCGGGCCCCUCCUGCUGACAGAAGAGGAGAGACGCACUCUGAUCGCAGAGGGAUACCCCGUUCCUACUAAGCUGCCUCUGUCCAAAUCUGAGGAGAAGGCCCUGAAAAAGAUCCGCAGGAAAAUCAAGAAUAAGAUUUCUGCUCAGGAAAGUCGCAGGAAGAAGAAAGAAUACAUGGAUGCCCUCGAGAAAAAGGUGGAGACGUGUUCCAGUGAGAACAGUGAGCUGCGCAGGAAAGUGGAGAACCUUGAAAGUACCAACAAGUCUUUGCUGCAGCAGCUGCAAUCCCUGCAGGCCAUGGUGACCGGAAAGGUCCCUCGCUCGUGCAAAAUGGCCAGCACUCAGACCUCCACAUGCCUCAUGGCGCUGGUCCUGUGUUUCGCUGUGUUCCUGGGUAGCUUCUACCAAGGCCUGAGCCCCUGCUCAUCUGUCACGAAGACUGAUCUAUCCAGAGAGCUCACCAUGCAGGAGUCUUACACUACUACAGUGAAGUCCAGAAGCCUGCUAGCCGUUGAGGAGCACGGUGUAGGUGACGAACCCCGCCGCUCCGGGCUAGGCGGAAAAUAUCCAGAGUGGGACACACAGACUAUCGACAUGGCGAUGUGGCGCCUCGAGCAGCAGCGCAGACUCAAACAGGCCACGCCUCAAACUCCAGAACCCAGCCCACCUUUCAUUCAGAACAACGGCACAAACACACAAAAAGCCCUUCUCAUUGACCUGCACCCACACAGGUCAGUGGAGUCACAAUCCAAUGAAAGCCCAAAAGUCAUUGAGCUGGAGAGAACAGUGAACGAGCCGUCGUGAGGAUGGCUGGUCCUCCUCGAGCUCACCUCCACCUUAAGGGCAGGAGGAGACGCGCGCACACACCCGUUCUGUAUUUAUAGACCUCCUUUAAGUAUUGUUCCUCUCACCAUUUUCUUUUUUUUUUUUUUUAUGAAAAAAAAAUUAAAAUAGAAAAAAAAAGGAAUAUUAUAUCAUUCCACCAUUAUAUAUUAAAUUUUGAUACUAUAUUUUAAAGCUUUUUUCCCCAUGUGUUCCUCUUUUGUGUAAAGUACAUAUGUUCCGAUCAUUGAAUUUGGAAAAAAAUGGUGUCCUUCUGUUCUUUGGUCUGACGUUGUACACCCCUGGGCCUGUAUUUAUAAAAAAGAAUAUUCAUGUUUUCACUCUCCCUCAGACUCGAGCUAUUCUAAAAACCUAAUCGGAAACGCGAGAACUUCGAAACACGUCAACAAUGUUAAACAUCUAAAAAGGUCUAAUAUUUGGGUGUUAGGGUUAUUACAUCAACUCAUACCGAUCAAUAACCGUAGUUCCUUCGUAUCACAUGACGGUUUGUUUGUUUAAACAUGUGCUUAUUUUAUUUGUUCGCAGUGUACAGUGUUACAGGAUCCUGUGUAAUAGUGUUGGGUUAAGGUUAAACUGAGUGUGUCAAACACAACUUCGUAACAAAUCAAAGUUUUUCUGUUAUAGGCGAGCAGGGAGCGACUAGUACCAUUUAUUCUUGGCUAUAACCGUGGUGCACUUGUCAUUUGGCAGAAUUGAGUUCUCUUCAACUGGCACAGAACCAUGUGUAUGCUAAACAUAAUCCAGGCUGGUCAAGUGUUUACAUUUGCUGAGGUGUGUUAAUGUACACACGUUGUACAGUUUUUUUUACUUUGAUCCAUGGUAGAUGGAGCACUCCCAGCAUUGGAACCUUUCUCUGUUCAGCUCAGGUGUAAUAGGCAAUAUUUUUGAAUUUCUGGCUAGGAGAAAUAAUGUGGAAAUUAUAUACAUAAAAUCAUACUUAUAGUAUAAUGUAGCCUCCAAUGCCCAUUCACUUCCUCUUAAAUCAUUAAUAGGACAAUUUUAUGUUCAAAUAUCAUGAGUUGUAAGUUGGCUUUCAAGCAGUUGAAUGUUGAACAAUGUCAUGACAGUCCUUGCUAAUGCUUACUCAAGUUGAACCAGCAAAAGUUUUGGUGGUGGAGCUUGGUGUACAUGGGUGGAAAUGGGGGUGGGCUCAGUGUUAAAAAUAUAUAUAUAAAUGUAUAUCUUUUUCACAAAUCUUGCCUAAUGCACCUUUAAUGAUGGAGUCAGACAUUUUCUUAAAAAAAAAAAAAAAAAGACGAGACCACGUUUUGUAAUAAUUGGAACACAUUGUCACACACGGUCAAUAUUCUCCUCAAAUUACACCACUACCACCAAAAUAUAUGCAUAAACUGCAGCCUGUUUGGUGUCCCAGACUCUGUGGAAAAACAAAUUAUGUGGACCAGCAUCCAACCAGUCAGGACAGCAAGGUGUCGCUGCUCAUUCAGAAUGCUACUCCUGUUGGUCAAUAUGGCUGAGGAAAAAAAAACCAAAUUUGGAUUUUGAGUUUUUGAAAUUUUUCUUGUAUUCUGAUGAACAAGAGGCAUAACUCAUCAUCUUUGUUGUUUGGAGAAUCAGUUGUGCGUUAAAUAAUGAUGAUUUGUAAACGUUUUGUUCUGUUUAUUAGGUAAGAGGGAGAGUGAGAGCUCUAAUGUAAUUGUACUUAAAGAGGUUUUCAUGGAGGAUUACAGGUGGACCAGUGAAAACUGAUCACAAAUAGAUGUUAGCAAUGCAGUGGGGGAAAUAAGUAUUGGACGCGUCAACAUUUUUUUUCAGUAAAUAUAUUUCCAAUGAGGUUAUUCACAUGAACUUUUCACCAGACAUCAGUAUUAACUCAAGAAAUCUAGAAAUAUAAAGAAUUCACAACAUUAAAGUCCAUAAAUGAAGUUAUGUGUAAUAAAGUGGAAUGACACGGGGGGG